CAUUGGGGUGGAUAGAACCCUGUGCAUUUUAAAUUCUCUAGCACGUCUCAUUUCUCCACAAACACCAUGUCUAGGAUUAUCAUAGCUUUCCGAGGAAUAGCCAGAGUCUUACAACCAACAGAAAGCAGAUUAACAAUACGUUUCCAACCAGUGAGGAGAUUGCAGGUUAUUUACUCUUCACAAACAUGGAUUACCCGCAAUGGUCUUGGCCUGGGAUCGCAGAGAUUUUCCCAACCCAAGCGAGAGGUGGUGAACCGACCUUUGGGAUUAAAAAAGAUGCCCGUUGAGUAUCCACCGCUAACCGGCUCGGAACACUGGACACGCAAAAUGCGCACCGUAUUCAGGGCCUUAGAUUCUAACAAUGAUGGACGUCUUUCCAGCGAAGACAUGAUUUUGAGUGGGAAGCGCGCAGCACAAUAUCUGGGUCUAAAUGAGGACCAAACUGAAGCUAUUGUAAAACUUCGCUUACAUAUCUGUAAGACAGCGAUCGAAAAGAACCCAAAAGGUGAAAUGGCCGAAGAGGUAUCAUUCGAUGCGUUUAUACAGAAUCGUAUCCUGGCCUUCAACGACAUGAAAGCCCGACAAGAGCUGUUCUCUCGAGUCAUUCCCGUGGAAUUCAACACCAUGGAUACAGAUGGUGAUGGAAAGAUUUCUCCCAAGGAACACGCUGCUUAUUUCCAUAGCUUAAACAUCCCCACGGAGCACUCGAAGAAGAUCUUCGAUGUCAUGGACACCAACAAAAAUGGCUACAUCUCCGUUAAAGAGUUCGGUGAGGGGCAUCUCGAUUUUUGGCUGGGGGAAGACCCAAACAGCAAAUACAAUGAGUUCCUCGGUCCUUUGGUUGACUGAAUAUAACAAUGAUUUAAUAACCACUAAAAAUGAAUAAGAGUUAAAUACAAACAAAGUCGAUUUCAAAGAAAACAUACGGUAACAAUAGGCUUUAUGGUGAAGCUAUAUUGACACACGUCAAUCACGUGACAGCGCAGACAAAAUUACGGCAAAUGUAAAAAUUAAAAAUGCGUUCCAUACUAACCCCUAUU